AUGAGUCGAAAAAGACACCCGGGUUUUAUAGAAGCGGGACAGUUGGUGGACUCUCAGAGCGUGUUAAUGGAUAGUACGGGAGUUUCUGUUCGAAACGAGGAGAGUUUAUUCGAGCUGGAGAGCGAUGAGGAGCUGCUGUGUUCCGUUACUGAAAUAACCGAGCACCUCGGCAGGAACAUAACCGCCGCGCUGGAGGAGGCUUUGUGCCAAAUCAGGAAAGUAGUGAGCGCACGAACGAUGCUGCUCAAAAUGGAGCUGAGGGAGAAAACCGAGGAGGUCGAGGUGCUCAGGGCCAGACUGGAGGCGGUGGCGGCCGAGCCUUCUGUCCUGUCCAGGAAAACGGACUUUCCUCAGGCCGCUCAGAAGAAUGGCGCGGAGCAGAGGAAAAGCAAGGCGGCGGCUCCCGCUGUUAAAAAGGAGAACAUCGACGCUAUCUGUGAUUAUCUAAUGAAGGAUAAAAACCUCCGAGGUACUGCUGAGGGGGAGAACCAACUACAGCUACAUCAGCAGCAUCAACAGCAGCAGCAACAGGCCUCCUUCAGUCCCUGGACCGACAGUGAGGACAUCUUCAACAUGUUACCCUCCGCCAGCAAGCGCCUCUACGAUUACGAAUGGAUGUCUGGAGUGGAGCUCAACUCCACUACUGACUUUAAAGCUGAGGCUGAGUCAAAGUGUGAGAACGUCAUUGCUCCAAGUGAGUCAGCAGAAGAAGAAUCUGAAAAAGGAGGAGGAAUGGGGUCAGCCUCCAAUGCUUCUGCUCCAUUUCACCUGGAUACUCAUGGCUCCCCAGGAAAGGACAGAACCAGCCCAGCAGAGGACAGUAUGGACAGAUUAGAUUCAGACCAGGACUUUUCUGCUCCCAGCUUCAUUUGCCCCUUCUGUGGAACUCUUUGCCCCGACUCAUCGUACCUCGAGGAGCACUUAAAGGUGAUGCACCAGGAUGAGAGCAUCCAGGGUCUUGAAUCUGCUGCCUCCUCCAGUGCUGGGCUGGGCAGUGAGGGUGAGAUGUUGGGAAAACCAGGCAGUGAUGAGCCCUCACCUCGGGAGAAGAAGGUAGAGGGGGGUUACGAGUGCGGCGACUGCGGCCGACGCUUUAACUAUCUGGGGAACCUGCGCCAGCACCUGCGCAUUCACACGGGUGAAAAGCCGUUUGUGUGCCCCGACUGCGGUGAACGUUUCCGCCACGCAGCACGCCUCAAGAGUCACCGACUUACCCACAGUGCUGAGAGCCCCUACCCUUGCCCGGAGUGUGGUAAGGGCUUCCCCGUGCUUUCCGGCCUCAAGCGGCACCAACGGGUUCACACGGGCGAGAGUCCUUAUGGAUGCCCUCAAUGUGGUCGGCGCUUCAAAGAAUUGGGCAACUUGUACACACACAUGCGCAUUCACAGUGGCGCCACGCCCUAUACUUGCUUCCAGUGCAGCAGGAGCUUCCGACAUUUAGGCACUUUUAAAAGCCAUCGAUGCACACCUCUGUCCCAGGUACCCAGUGGCCUCAGUCCAUCAUGGCUUCAGGAGGACAACAUCCAAACGAACUAAGAUGCACAGCGUCAGCUUUUAUAGUGAGGCACUACAGGGAUUUGUGUUACUCCUUUAUCAUUUGUUUGAGGAGUUGCUGUGGCGAGAAGGAGAGAUGCCUUAUGGUUAAUUAAUCAUGUUAAUGAUGUGGACUGGCAAGACUGCUUGAAAAAAGGAAGAAUGAUGCAUUUCAUUUCUUAUUUCUGGUACAGAUGGACUAAACAUUUAUGGUGAUUGUUUAAAUGAAGUAUCUUAUCUGAUUAGAUCCGGUCCUGCAAUGCAUAAAGAUUAAAUGGCGCACAGUUUUUAUAUAAAGGUAAUACUUGGAGUAAAUUCACCAGAUAUUUGCCUCUCACAGUGCAGACAUCAGGACAUGCUGCUUUAACCCUGGGUUGGUUUUAAUAAAGUCACAUGACGUUAAGUAUGGGCUGCACGGUGAAAACCUGCAAGAGAUCAAGACGUCUGAGACUACCAAACAGUUGUUGUAUUUUAUUUGAUACGUUUUUAAAGCCUUUUAAUAUUUUUUAUCUGGACAGUGUUCAGGUUUGUUUUGCAUUAUGUUUAAAACCCUUACCUUACUAUGAUCCAUUCACAGCCUUGGUCUUCUUUCUGCUUUGGUUCUGAGUUUAAAUGCAUUAAAUUCCCCUGCAAGAGCAAGCACUCAAAAAUGGUGCUGCCACCCUUUGGACAAAAUGUGUUACUGUAUCCACUGCUUCAGGGUAUCCAUGCCUGUUUGCAUUAUAAGUGUUCUGUACUGUAAUAUAAUUUACAUUGUUAAGUUUUUCUUUUGUUACAGAUUUACUCAAAUACCCCUGCCUUUUUAAUAACCACACAUGAGUUACAAUAUGCAAAUACUAUGGAAAGCAAAAAAAGACUGUUGUGUAGUUAGGCUGAAAAUUAUACCUGACUUGUAUCGAUAUAUAAAUGUAUGACUGUUAAUUAGGGUGAUUAAAAUUGUCAGUGAUCGGCUGGCUUUUACCAGUAUUGCAAAUGCACUUGUAACGCUAAUAAACAUUCUAGGAUCUGAAA